AUGACAACGAUAGUGGACAGAACGCCCAACGGCAUAAUCUACCGCGCUGCGAAGACCUAUCCUAUCCCAGACCUCGACAUCCUCACCCUCCUCUUCGGUACACCACCCAAAGUCUCCACAAUUCCACGUGAUCUCGCGCCCCCAAUGUACUCUGAACACUCUCUCGUCAAGGAAGAGACACCCAUACACAUCUCCGCCGCGAACCCAAACCAUGUUCUGACAGUCGCUCGCGCUCGCUCACUUACGCGUUCCACUGCUGCCGCCCUGCGGAACCACUUCUCCAUAGGAGCUUCCGGUCCAGGACGUGACAUCUGCUCAGUCAUAUCGACAGGGCAUUACCUCCUCCCUGUUCUCGCAUACGGUAUCAUAGGCGCCGAGGGUGUUUUGAGUGCGGCUUCUGCUGCAUCUACCGCAAGCGAAUUGAGCAAGCAGAUCAUAGGCGCGAAGAGCAAGGUACUAGUCACAUGUGAGACAACAAGAGAUAUUGCGGUACGAGCGGCUGAAGACGCUGGAUGGGGCAAGAAUGGAGGGGGGAGAGUGCUAUUGAUGAGUGAGGGCGCGGAAUGGGAGCUCAGGAUCGUUCAGGGCGAUGAGUCGUUGGGUGAGAACCUGAUUGACAAGAGCCAGAAAUUGGCAUGGCAGAAGAUAACGGAUCCGGAUGAAUUGGAGAAUAGCUUGGUAGUUCUGAUAUACUCCAGCGGGACGACUGGCCUGCCCAAGGGCGUCAAACUGUCUCACCGCAACCUUGUCGCGGAAGCUGUCAUUCCCGGUGACAUGUUCAAAUCCUGGAUCUCGUCCUCACGCCCAGACUUCUCAUACCGCACCAUUGCCCACCUUCCCAUCGCCCACAUCGCAGGCAUCCAAGGCUACCUCAUCAACCCCUUCUACAUGGGCGGUCCCGUGUACUGGAUGCCUCGCUUCGACUUUACGCAAUUCCUCGAGUACAACGCAAAGUACAGGAUAACGUUCUUCUUCACCGUUCCCCCCAUCUAUCUUCUCAUCGCCAAGAGUCCCCUCGUCACAGACCAAUUCAAGUCCCUUGAGAUCGCCAUAUCCGGUGCCGCGCCACUGGGCAAGGACUUACAACACGCUGCGAGCCAGAAACUCGGCGGCCCAAAUUGUUUCAUUAGCCAAACCUGGGGCCUCAGCGAGACUACUGGUUCCGCGACUAUUAUGCCCAUGCAGAUGACCGACGACACGGGUUCUGUCUCCCCUCUGAUCCCUAACAUGCUUGCACGCCUUGUCGACGAUGCAGGCGCGGAUGUCGAGCCCGGAAAACCAGGCGAAGUCCUGGUCAAAGGACCGGUUGUGUGUAAAGGAUACUACCAAAAUGGAGCCGCGAACAAGGAGGCAUUCGUAGACGGGUGGUUUUGUACGGGGGAUAUUGCAGAGUUUCGGGAUGGGCUGUUCUAUAUCGUCGAUCGCAAGAAGGAACUCAUCAAAUACAAGGGACUGCAAGUUGCACCUGCGGAACUGGAAGCACUGUUGCUUAGCCAUCCGAAUGUGAUGGAUGCGGCGGUUAUUGGGGUCGAUGUUGAGGGUGAGGAGGGCACGAGUGAGGUGCCCAGGGCGUAUAUUGUUGCUGAUCAGAAGAAGACCUCGGGACAGCAGAUAAUUGAGUACGUGAAGGGGAUUGUGGCGAAUCACAAGCAGCUAAGGGGCGGGGUUGUGUUUCUCGACACGGUGCCAAAGAGUCCGAGUGGAAAGAUUUUGAGGAAGGACUUGAGGGCGUUGGCGAAGAGGGAGAAGGGAGCGAAGCUGUAA